AUGUUCGGUGGUUUAACAGCUCUUUUAUUACCUGGAAUAGUUAGCAUCGUUAUAAGUUUGACUAUAAGGCCAUAUAGUUUUGACUGGAAUCAAUUAAGGCAAGCAGAGCUUAUUAUCUCUGAAGAGGAUGAACUUAUUCCCAACCAAAAGAUAGAGUUCGAUAGUUCAGACGAAUCAAAUGAUAGCAAAGAAAAUAUUGAUAAGGCGAAUCAGAAGACAAAUAUUAGAAAUAGAGAUGAUGAGACUGAUAGUGAUAAUGUGCUUGAUGAGCUGCUUGAAAGAGAAGAACAAAAAAAAAGGUUAUUAACGACCUAUCUGAAGCUUGCUUAUGCGGCAUUUAUAUUUGUUCUUUUAAUCACUUGGGUACUUUGGCCAUUACCUUUAUAUAGAGAUUGGGUCUGGAGCCGUACGUACUUUAAGGGUUAUAUAACAGUAUCACUUAUUUGGGUAUAUGGAGCGCUAUUAGUAAUUGGUGUUUAUCCAUUGAUAGAUGGAAGACAUUCCGCAGCUAAAAUAAUAAGAGGAGUAUAUAAUGAUUAUUUAAAAAGAGAUUAA